GUCUUCAUCGGACACAUCCUGUGAAAAGAAGCGCGGAGCGAGUCAGUCGAUAACCGAAAAAGAUGCGCUUCUUAAUCGUUUUAUUCGGGCUGAGCGUCACCGUGAUUACCGUAAUUGUCCUGCAAGCCGCGCGCCAGGAGAUUAAGAUCCGUAACCUGAAGAAACGCACCGAGGACAACUUGGGUGAGGUGAGGAGGAGAGAAGCCAACAUCGUCGUGAUCAAAAGCAAGAUCGAAACGCUGAAGAAUCUGAAUCAAGACCUCAGCCUGAAGAUAGCUGAGCUGAAGGUGAAGAAAGAGGAGUCUCAGAAGGCGCAUGAGGGCCUCGCAAUGAGUCUUGGGGACUGUCUCAAAGAGAAGGAACUGUUUGAGGAGAAACUGGGAAAUAUUACCCAAAAAAUGAUGACUCUGAACGAGAAACAUGACAGUGAAAAGGUCCUAGCUGAACUGGAGAUCCAAGGGUUGAAAAAACAGAUUUUUGACAGAGACCAAAUAGUGUGUCGAUAUGUGGACAAAACCAAGCUAGAAGCCAGGCAGCUGUGUGGACUGGCUUAAGUGAAGUCACGUUGCAAGGGACUCAACGCCAUCAAAAUGUUAACAGCGUUACAUGAACUUGAGAGUGGAACAAGAAUGUUGCUUGACUUUUAUGAAGUUGGACUUUGUUUUAUGUUUAUUUCAUGUUUCUACAAUGUCAUUCAGGGAGAACAAGUAAAAA